UCCCCACAAUCCUUUGCGGUUCAUUCGGAGUUGCCAGUCAUUCUGCUCGCAACGGAAUUUAGCUGGGUAGCUAGCUGCACUGAUAAUAAUAAAGGUGCCCAAUCACAUGUAACAUUUAUAAAUUAAUAAUAAGUUAAACAGUGCCUUUCGCAGUAUUGACGCAAUGAAAGAAACCACAUCGAAACGGCGAGAGAAGCCCCGGGACAAAGCCGAGAAGAAACCUGAGCCAGGCCCCGAGCCUCAGGAUGUGGAGAUGCCGGAGGAAGAUGCUGCAGCCGCCGGGAAGCCUCAUAAGGAAUUGGACACGCUCACGCUUGAAGACAUUAAAGAGCACGUGAAGCAGAUCGAGAAGGCCGUGUCCGGGAAGGAGCCUCGCUUCGUGCUGCGCGCCUUGCGGGCCCUGCCCUCCACCAGCCGCAGGCUCAACCCCAACGUCCUGCACAAGGCCGUCUCCGGCUUCUACACCUCCAACGCCUCCGGCAAGGAGUUCCUGCUCGGCUUCCUGGAGGAGCCAAUGGACAUGGAGGGCGAUGUCCAGUUCCGGCCGAGGACGGGUAAGGCAGCUGCCACGCCCCUGCUGCCUGAGGUGGAGGCCUACCUGCAGCUCCUCGUGGUGGUUUACCUCACGAACAACAAGCGCUACGCAGAGGCUCAGAAGGUGUCAGACGACCUCCUGCAGAAGAUCAGCUCUCAGAACCGCAGGGCUCUGGACCUGGUGGCCGCCAAGUGCUACUACUACCACUCCAGAGUCUACGAGUUCCUCAACCAGCUGGAUGUAGUGCGCAGCUUCCUUCACGCCCGCCUCCGCACCGCCACGCUUCGCCACGACGCGGACGGCCAGGCCACGCUGCUCAACCUGCUGCUCCGCAACUACCUGCAGUACAACCUGUACGACCAGGCCGAGAAGCUGGUGUCCAAGUCCGUCUUCCCCGAGCAGGCCAACAACAACGAGUGGGCCCGCUACCUCUACUACACAGGUCGCAUUAAGGCCAUCCAGCUGGAGUACACUGAGGCCCGGAGGACGCUCACCAACGCCCUGAGGAAGGCCCCCCAGCACACCGCCGUGGGUUUCAAACAGACGGUGCACAAGCUCCUCAUCGUGGUGGAGCUGCUGCUCGGGGAGAUCCCGGACAGGCUGCAGUUCCGCCAGCCCUCGCUCAAGAGGUCCCUCAUGCCCUACUUCCUGCUCACCCAGGCCGUACGAACAGGGAACCUCGCCAAGUUCAACCAGGCCCUGGACCAGUUCGGGGAGAAGUUCCAGACCGACGGCACCUACACGCUCAUCAUCCGCCUGAGACACAACGUCAUCAAAACGGGUGUGCGCAUGAUCAGCCUGUCCUACUCCCGCAUCUCUCUGGCCGACAUCGCCCAGAAGCUGCAGCUGGACAGCCCCGAGGAUGCUGAGUUCAUCGUUGCCAAGGCGAUCCGCGAUGGAGUGAUCGAGGCCAGCAUCAACCACGAGAAGGGUUACGUCCAGUCCAAAGAGACCAUGGACAUCUACGGCACCCGAGAACCACAGCUUGCCUUCCACCAGAGGAUAUCCUUCUGCCUGGACAUCCACAACAUGUCCGUCAAGGCAAUGCGGUUUCCGCCAAAAUCGUACAACAAGGACCUGGAGUCCGCAGAGGAGCGUCGGGAGAGGGAGCAGCAGGACUUGGAGUUCGCCAAGGAGAUGGCCGAGGACGACGACGACAGUUUCCCAUGAUCCUGUGCAGCGAUGACGCCACACCUUUUCUGGGCUUCUUUUUUUUUUCUUUUUU